ACUAUGCUAAGUGUAAAGGCUUCAGUAUUUCUAAGUGUUUGCUGCAUAGCUAGCGCUCAGUUUUAUGAAUUGAAUAUAGUGCAUCAUAACGAUUUCCAUGCUAGAUUUGUAGAAACCAGUCCAUCUGGAUCAGUAUGCAACCCAGAAGUUGACCCUUGCAUCGGUGGGUUCGCUCGUACCGUUACACUUAUAAGACAGGCUUUAGAAAGAGAACCAGAUUCCAUAGUACUGAACGGUGGUGACAGUUUUCAAGGCACUAUAUGGUACAACCUGCUAAGAUGGAAUGUCACCCAAGAGUUUAUGAAUAUGAUACCCCAUGAUGCCCAUGUUCUAGGAAACCAUGAAUUUGAUAAUGGUAUAGAAGGUGUAGUACCGUACCUUCAACACCUGAAUUCUACAGUAGUUGUUGCUAAUAUAAUUGAUGAUGCAGAACCAGAUAUCCAAGGCUUAUAUCAACCAAGCGUAGUAGUAGAAAGAAAAGGUCGUAAGAUUGGAAUUAUUGGAGUCAUAAUAUCUACCACAAAUGAAUUGGCAUCCACUGGGAAUUUGACAUUUGUUGAUGAAAUAGAGGCGACCAGAAGGGAAGCUGAAAAACUGCAUGAAGAGGGCGUGGACAUAAUCGUUGUUCUAUCUCACUGUGGACUUGAAAAAGACCAAGAAAUCGCACUGAAAGCCAGUCCAUACAUAGACAUAGUAGUAGGAGCACAUAGUCACUCAUUACUAAUAAAUACGGAGCCACCAGCGGGUAUUCCGUUUGUACCUCAGGGGCCCUACCCAAUUGUGGUUGAACAAGAUAACAGAUCUGUGCUCGUGGUGCAAGCAGCAGCCCACACAACGUUUGUAGGAGAAAUUAAGCUUUACUUCAACGACCAAGGAGAUCUUGUGAAUUGGAGUGGUGACCCUCAUUUUGCUGGCAAUGAUGUUGAGCAAGCUCCCGACGUGCUGGCCAAAAUUAAUGAAUAUCUGCCAAUCAUAAACGAAAAAGCCACAGAAUUUGUAGGCAUUUCUAAAGUGCAACUAUCAUCAAGAUGCUCUUGCGGAGAAUGUAACCUUGGGAGUUUCAUCUGCGAUGCAUUUAUGAAUGCUGCAAUUGAAAAGGCGCAGGGAAAUCAGUGGAAUUACGCACAUUUCUGCUUUAUUAACACGGGAGGCGUGAGAGUUGACAUCGAUGCAGGAAAUAUGACAUUCGAAAAGCUUCUGUCAUCUACACCAUUUGAAAACAGAGUGGAAGUAUUUGACCUAAAAGGGCAGUAUGUUUUGGAAGCUUUGGAGUUUGCUGUGGCUAACGAUCCUUUUCCAGGUGCAAGAAUGUUACAAAUUUCUGGGUUACGAGGAGUAUUUGAUGGUCUACGCCCAGUUAACAGUAGAAUUGUUAACGCAACCGUCCGGUGCAAUGACUGCGAUGUACCUCGGUAUGAGCCUUUAGACGUCAACAAGACAUAUAAGGUCGUCUCACAAAGUUUUCUUGGUGAAGGUGGCGAUGGAUUUUCGAUGGUAUCCAAUAACCGUGAAAACGUGGAGGUUCUUGGAGUGGACUAUGAAGUGCUAAUGGAUUAUGUGCGACAACAGUCUCCAAUAAUCAAGGACCUGGAUGGACGCAUCGUGAUCUCAGAUCCUUGUUUACAAAACUAGUUUUAGUUACCAAGUAAUUUCGGUUAUAGGCAAUAAUUUGCGUACAACCAACAGAAUUUUUUGACCUGAACUGCAUACUGGAAUUACAUUAGAGGCAAAAUUUAAAUUUCCAUCUCUACGCAGGAUUAUUACAACUCAACAUCCAACGCCGCUGUAUUCAAUUCUUAAUGCUAAACAGAGAUCAUGAUUUCUAUAAUUAUCAUAAAAUAUUUUUCUUUACUAUCCCUUCAAUAAAUUUGAAUUGUAGCUCUAGUUCUGCAAUCGAAUAAAAUAAUUAACAAGUAAAGGUUUAGCUGAAAAGCUUAUAGCUGUUUAGCUGGAGUUAAUGAAAUGUACUGGAGUUUUCUCAUUGGAUCGCAGGACAGGAACGAUAUUGUAACGAGGUGUCGUUAUAGUCGAAUUUAUUUUAAUGUUUAAUUUAGUUUCGCAAUUGUUUCAGAAAAGUUAUUUAGAAAAAUUGGUAAACAGAACUUAGAUGUAGCUGCUGUUA